AUGGGUGAAUCGGUAGGCGGCUGGGAAAUCGUUUCUGCGAGAAACCAAGAAGAGCGCAGUCUUGCUGAUAUUGGCUCUACGACUCCUUCCCACCUCACUCGGGUGUUGUACAUCCCCAAUCAUGAUGGAAGCCCGUCCCACCUUCCGAUUCAUGAAAUCACCGGUCAGUAUAAGGAUACCGUGGGGAACCGUGUGAUGGGAACGGCUUCGUAUGCGGUGUCUUUGGGAAAGAUCCCAAAGCCGCACAUGAUCGGUGAUGGGGUAGCGACUCCCCUUGAGAACGCAAUCUUUUAUAAUGUGAACAUCGACAAGGCGGGUGAGGGUGAUGCGCCUUUGACCUCGGUAUUGGUGGUUCCAUCAUCUACCAAGUCCGUCCCGAUACGCGUGGAAACAGAUAUUAACAACAUGGAAUCUGCCGAUGGUAAGGCCACUACUAUCACAAUGAAGCGACAAGAAGACGGUGCAGUGGCAGAAAGGCCGACCACGAUGUCGGCUUCUUAUCCCAUCGCACCUCUAACAUGGAGAAAGACCGUCUUCGUGCAUCCUUACUUCGCCUUCCAACCUCCGGAGGAAGAGAAGGCAUACUUUGAAUGGCAGUUGCAUCCGAUUCCAUAUGGGCGCUUGCGAUAUACUCUUGUUCGCGUCCGAGGGAUGCAGUCAACCGACGAGCCUGCUAAGCCAGGUCUUCCCUCAGACCAUGAGAUCCUGGCCAUAUACCACCACAUCGGUGAUGGAGUCUCGCUGCCACUGCCAUACAGCGAAGGUGUUCUUCUCCUCUCCGGUGAUCUGAAGCCUGAAACUGAGACCAUGGUUGUCGCAAGUGCCUUCGGAAUGCUGGGAGAGCUGCGUAGGCUAUCUAAACCAGGAAAGACGGCAGGCUCCAGCAAAGAAUCCAAGGAAGGGCGGUUCGGGUUUGUCAAAGGCUUGCUGAAUAAGAAAUGA